AUGGACAUUCCCGGACAGUUCACACCGGACAGCCUACUUGAGAGUAGCGUGGAGCGAAGUCUACCGACACAGGAAUUCUAUGGACUGCACUCCGUUUCUUCAUCAAUUGGCUUUAAUCAGUCGCAGACCUACGCUUUUGCGUUGGAUGCGAAGGUUGACACUAGCAACGUUACACUAAAAAUAUCCAUCGGCUCUAGGCCACCGUCUUGGCAGAACAGUCGCGAGGGGCUGGUGCUCUAUUAUGACUUUGACUAUGAUCUGACUGAUAUCGAGAAUACCACGAGGGUCGAGUUCAACAAGUCUGAGGCUGUUCUCACGCUGAACGAGACCCAGGUCAAUACGCAGUCGCUGCUGUUUGUGCGGCUGAUGUCUAGUGGCUGCGCCCAGUGCAAGGAUAAUGAGGUUUGGACCUACACGAUGGAAAUAUCUACCGGAUCGAUCUACUUCAACUACACUGGAGAAAACCUUAUUUCUGUGGUCGAUGUGGACAACGAGAGCGUUUUAUUGAGUGGCGCUGAUUUGUGGUCCAAUCCACAUACCGAGUUUGUGCUCUCCUUGUACAGCGAUGCAAAUUUCACCAGCGAGGUGUUGACACGGCUGAUCAGUAACAGCACGGUCGUGGGGGACCGCAAUCUCAUUCAAAUCACGGGACUACAGAGCAACAGCACCUAUUUCGCAACUUUCGCAGAACAGCUCCUUGGAAGUGACGUGACUCUUAUUCACCAACGCUUUAACUUCACUUUGCGCGACUCGCAAGCGUGCAAGAUCAUACACAACCUGGAAUUCUGUACGGAUGUGGCAUACGCAGUUCCUGCAUCUGCCGCACUGGUUAACGGAACUCAGACGGUGGAGGAGCUUGCAGCCUUAUAUGACAACUAUUCCGCGUCUCUGUACGUGAACUUCGACUAUGCCCUGCAACAAAUACCCUGCGACGCUGAACUAGACUCAAGGUACUCACCUAUUGUGACCUGCGACGAUUGCAGGCACUCAUAUCGGCAGUGGUUGUGUGCAGUGACCAUUCCGAGAUGUUCUACGCUAGAUGCGCCGUUGUACAAGCCGUACAACAAAUCAGAAGGAAGAACGGAGUUUAUCGCCCAGACCAUCCAGCCUCCUCUGAACUACUACGAGGUGCUUCCUUGUCUUAAUAUCUGCCAAGCGAUUGUUCGAGAUUGUCCGCCUGAUUUUGGAUUCAGAUGCCCUUCAACAACAGCGUUGAGCAAAAAGAGCUAUGGGGACGAUAAUUACCUUGAUGACGGCGACGCCUACCUUGCAUGCAACUCUUUCACGUUCCAAUACACCAGUGCAGCCUCCAGACUUAUUCAAGUCCCUUGGUUUCUAUUAAUACUGUGUCUAGUCGUCUUGGUCUGA